AUGCAUCGGAUCAAAGUUACUUCGAGUGUGCUAUGUCGAAGGUUUUACGGCAUCCGAGUGAGAAACGAUAUUUUUGGGUCAAGAUGCAAGUCAGGGGGGUUGAUAAUGAAUCAGGAAGGAUUGGGUAGAGUACUAUGGAAAUAUUUCAAUGCUCCGGGAAAUGUGAUGUUCGUCACUGUGAACCUGGUGACCUUUGCGGGUAUAGUGACAUACAACUCCAUGGUAUCGGCGAACCAGGAGAGGUUUUUCGAAGAAAGAAUGCUUAUGGCCCAGGAGACUCUGACACCAAAAUACUCGUGUUCUGAGGAAAAGAAACCUCUUGAGAAGGAAAUUGAGUCACCGCAGACUGAGGAUGUUGUGAAAAUCUACUCUCCAGCUCCAGAACAGGUACUAGGUGUCCAACCACUGACCGAAUACAAGGCAGAUACCUUAAUAUUAGGGAAAGAGAGCAAGUGCGCUUCUUACGACUCUCAAAUGGCAAAAAUGUCACUGUAUCAUAUGAUGUACGCAUACUUUCUGUGUCGCCAAGUGGCAUCCAAUGAAGGCUCGAAAACUUCAAAACCUUGGGACGAAGAGGUAGAGCUGCUCAAAAGUACCUCUCAUUCAGGAAAGGUAAAUUCACGCACUAAGAACUUCAUGGAGACAUUUUAUAAAUCGUGGAAGACCGAAUUUAUCGAAGUUUUUACUGACUUGCACAAAUCGCAGCAGUUCCAUUUCCCAGACUGGAAACAUUACCCUAGCAGUCUGCGAUACGUUUGCAAGACACUUUACCACAACGAUAUGCAGACCAUUGAGGAUUUCCAAAACUUCUACGACUCCAUAGGGCAAAGAGAUUUGAAAAGAUUGCUUCGCUUAUGGCUUUGCGACCACUCACACUUAGUAAGUCCCGCUAAUGGGUAUAACGUGGAGAAAUUUUACCGCGAGCUGAUCGCAGAUUGCCACAACGAUGACUACCUCCUUAACAAGUACUCCUCAAUGCUUCUCAAUCCAACGGACCCUCGCAAAAGCCUCUUCUUCAGUAAAUACGGCAAAUACGCCACACAAAAGGUACCGAGUGCCUCCAUUGACACCGUUUUAAGCGUCUUGCAAGAAUACGUCGCGCUACAAGAAACCCAAGGUAGACACCAUUACAAUGCCAUCGUACGACUGAUAUCGAUGAUUCGCAGAGAUUGUGUCAUAGCACGCACAACGUCCGGUACCACUAGGAUACGCCAGGUGCGAGUUUUACUACCGAGAGACGAGGACCGCGAAAGAAUAGACCUCACAGCAAAUAAAAACGAGCGCAAGAAGUGCUUCCAGCUAGUCAGCCACAAUCCAAAAGCCGUGGAGCUACUAGGUGUCAUCUCAAGCUGGCGAAAUACCAAGAGCUGA